ACUCAAUAUUUGAAGUUGUCAACUAAAAACAAAUUAUAUUUUAUAUUUAUUAUUGAUCAAGAUAUUCUUCAUUCAUUGGUGAAAAAUAAAAAAAUGAUAAAUAAUGUCGUUUAAGACGACUUCAUUUGUAGCAGCACAUUAUCCUAACACAUAUAUGGAACAAUUUUGCAAAUCAUUACACCCCGACUUGGAAUUAGGUACAAUUUGUGUAGCUUGGUUUCGUCAGGCAGUAAGGCACUGUACCGAAUUACUGAACGAAGUAAAACCCUCCACAACAUUCUUCUGGACGACAGUAAAGAAUUUUAUAUUUCCGGAUAGAACGACAGAGCUUCUGUCUCAGAAAAUACCUAUCGGAAUACAUCCCAAACGUUUGUCGCUGCAAGAUUGUAAUUCACUACUUCUGGACAUUGUUAGUGACUAUAUUGAAAGGGCACCACGCUAUGGAGCAGAGUCCAAAACAAAUGUCAUGCUGUGGCAAGUUUUAUACUCGCUUAUGGGUGUUAUGGCCUUAGGUUCCUUACUGGUGGGCAUUAUUUUUACUUACAAUAAAUAUGGCCAAUCUAAGACAAAGAUAAAUCUAUUGGAUGAAAUUUUUAAACCCGAUAAACGUAUGCAGGUUCUUUGUAAACGUAGUUUACGUUUAGCUAAAGCAGAGUUGAGGAAUAUUCAUAUUAAACCAGUGGCAAAGGUAGAAGAUCUUGUUCCAGCUGAUGGAGACAAUGUUUUGGCCCUGAAAAUCGGUACGAAAUACGAGUUUUUGGAAUCAAUAGUAACGGGCAGUGUACAGUCAGUAGGGAAAUUUCACCGACUUUACGAUCAGCAUAACAAAACAAAGGGGGAUUUAAAAAUAGAGUCCUUAAAUAGAGCCAUGAAAUUUGUGGAUAAUAAUUGUAAAAGAAUUCAUCUCUUGCUAAUGUUUGAACAAAAUGUGAUUUAUGAAGAGGAGGAGCCGAAACGAAAACCUAAAAGCAUUAGCCCUAGAAUAAAAACUGCAUCACCACCACCCGGAAAAGUAACAUCAGCAACCUCCAAAGGAAUGUUAAAUGCUAGAUUAGAGGGAGGAGGUUUCAACUAUAAAACUGUACCUGGUAUUGGCAUGGCUUCAGUUUCUUCCCGAUCUAAUAGCCCUAAACCUUUGAACUCCCCCAAACAAGUGACUACACCUCGUUCAAGUGGUAUACCCUGUAAACGUUCCUCUUCAACCAGGAAAUCGAAAUAGAAUAAAUCUGGCAACUACUUUUAACUUUUUAAAUAUAAUAAUUUAUAAUAAAACACAAUUUUAUUGUAAGUUUUUUGCGCAAUU